CUGUCAAAAAAAAAGGCGGGAAUGUGUUCACACCACCAUCAAACCACAUGCUCAUUACUAUCAUAACAACCGGUCAUUUAUCAAUACAACACCAAAACCGGUAUCGGCCCUUUUACAGGCCCUUAUUUUCGAUAUCUUGUGUUCAGUUAUUAACUUUAACGUAAACUGUGUACUUCAAAAUGUCGGAAGAAGCUGAUGAUAUUGAAGCACUGAGGUUGAAAAACAAACAAGAACGAGAUGCGUUUCUUGCAAACUUUAUGAACGACCCACUUUUCGUGGAUAUGGUAAAAGAGUUCAAAUCAACAACCCAAGACAAAAAUAAGAACAAUAAUAAGGUUGUACCAAAAAGAAAAAGGGGCGAUUCGGUGUUUCGCUUCACCGGAAGUGUUCCCAGUGAAAGACGCAGUUCUGCUAGGUUACAGAACCGAAAGCCUGAUUACACCCAUCUAGAUUUACCCAAUGACAAAAUAUUAUCACAUGAUUCCGACGAUGUGGAUGACUUAGAAGAGGUCGUUUAUCGUGUGAAAAAAAGAAGAUUUGUGUCUCGAUUAAGUACUCCUGCUGUAGUUAUCCCUGUCGAAGAAGUGACAGAAGAAAUGAUUGAAAAAAUACAAACAAGCGGCAAUAAAGUGUAUGGAGCUAAUGGCACCAGUUGUCAUCAGUGUCGCCAGAAAACUGUAGACACUAAGACGAUCUGCCGCAGUGGCGUUUGUGUUGGGGUACGAGGUCAAUUUUGUGGUAUUUGCGUAAUCAAUCGAUAUGGAGAAGACCCUAUUAAGGCUUUGAAAGACCCCAACUGGCAAUGCUACGUCUGCAGGGGCUGCUGCAACUGUUCCUUCUGUCGCUUGAAAGAGGGUAAACGCCCUACUGGAAUUCUCGCGCCUUUAGCGAAAGCCAAUGGAUACAAAUCCGUGAUGGAGUUCCUCCACAGUCUCCGAGGCUACGGUGACUACUGCGAGCCCAAAGAAGACCCAGAAAACCUUCUAGGUUUCGAAGGCAACGAAGCCGUCAUGGGGGGGCAACAACGCAUCAAAAUACAGUGCGACUACGACGCGGAAGCGUUUAAAAAAUUUGUAACGUUGUGAUUUACAUUUUUAUCAUUUUACGUGAAUAAAUAACGACUUCACAGUUA